AUGAAUGAAGUGCAAUCGCACAAUAAUAAUGGAUUAUUUCGAACAAGAAAAUCUUAUAAAGAUAAAAAACGAUAUGGUCGUCUAUUCAUACGACGUUCAAAAAUCUACCAUUCACUAACAAAUAAUAGUCUUUCUCAAACAGUACAAUUAAAACAUAGACGUAUAAAUCGAAAACGAUUUAAUGAUGGUGGUGGUGGUGAUGAGAAAAUGUUUCCGUCAUUAUCAAAUGAACGAAAACAUAUUGAUUUUACUGAACUUGAACAUAUUUUUGAUAAUGCUAUUCGAAAUCGUGUUCCUCUCGAAUUAUAUAAAGAAAAAUCUCCAACAAAACAACAGGAUUAUCUUCCUGUACAAUCCAUUCCUAAAUUAACAAAUAAUCGAACUGAUGCACGAAUAGAAUUAUCCAAUCAAUCAUUUUUACAACCUAUUAAAGACAAUAGUUAUUAUUUUAUGAAAUAUCGUAAAAUACUUUUAGCGAUCACUCUUGUUACAUUAUCAGCUGCUAUCGGUUUUGUUACUGUUUUUCUAUUUUUUAAAUAA